UGGACAGCUGUACAUAGUCGGCGGAGGCAGCCUGUGAUAUCCUUUCCCAGCUGGUCAACUGUCCCAUUAAGACCUUGGGGCUCAUCUCCACAGCCAGACCCAGCUUCAUGGACGUCUCCCAGGUACCCACGUCACAGCCAGACCCAGCUUCAUGGACGUCUCCCAGGUACCCACGUCACAGCCAGACCCAGCUUCAUGGACGUCUCCUAGGUACCCACGUCACAGCCAGACCCAGCUUCAUGGACGUCUCCCAGGUACCCACGUCACAGCCAGACCCAGCUUCAUGGACGUCUCCCAGGUACCCACGUCACAGCCAGACCCAGCUUCAUGGACGUCUACUAGGUACCCACGUCACAGCCAGACCCAGCUUCAUGGACGUCUCCCAGGUACCCACGUCACAGCCAGACCCAGCUUCAUGGACGUCUCCCAGGUACCCACGUCACAGCCAGACCCAGCUUCAUGGACGUCUCCUACCCACGUCACAGCCAGACCCAGCUUCAUGGACGUCUCCCAGGUACCCACGUCACAGCCAGACCCAGCUUCAUGGACGUCUCCCAGGUACCCACGUCACAGCCAGACCCAGCUUCAUGGACGUCUCCCAGGUACCCACGUCACAGCCAGACCCAGCUUCAUGGACGUCUCCCAGGUACCCACGUCACAGCCAGACCCAGCUUCAUGGACGUCUCCCAGGUACCCACGUCACAGCCAGACCCAGCUUCAUGGACGUCUCCCAGGUACCCACGUCACAGCCAGACCCAGCUUCAUGGACGUCUCCCAGGUACCCACGUCACAGCCAGAACCAGCUUCAUGGACGUCUCCCAGGUACCCACGUCACAGCCAGACCCAGCUUCAUGGACGUCUCCCAGGUACCCACGUCACAGCCAGACCCAGCUUCAUGGACGUCUCCCAGGUACCCACGUCACAGCCAGACCCAGCUUCAUGGACGUCUCCCAGGUACCCACGUCACAGCCAGACCCAGCUUCAUGGACGUCUCCCAGGUACCCACGUCACAGCCAGACCCAGCUUCAUGGACGUCUCCCAGGUACCCACGUCACAGCCAGACCCAGCUUCAUGGACGUCUCCCAGGUACCCACGUCACAGCCAGACCCAGCUUCAUGGACGUCUCCCAGGUACCCACGUCACAGCCAGACCCAGCUUCAUGGACGUCUCCCAGGUACCCACGUCACAGCCAGACCCAGCUUCAUGGACGUCUCCCAGGUACCCACGUCACAGCCAGACCCAGCUUCAUGGACGUCUCCCAGGUACCCACGUCACAGCCAGACCCACUUUCAUGGACGUCUCCCAGGUACCCACGUCACAGCCAGACCCAGCUUCAUGGACGUCUCCCAGGUACCCACGUCACAGCCAGACCCAGCUUCAUGGACGUCUCCCAGGUACCCACGUCACAGCCAGACCCAGCUUCAUGGACGUCUCCCAGGUACCCACGUCACAGCCAGACCCAGCUUCAUGGACGUCUCCCAGGUACCCACGUCACAGCCAGACCCAGCUUCAUGGACGUCUCCCAGGUACCCACGUCACAGCCAGACCCAGCUUCAUGGACGUCUCCCAGGUACCCACGUCACAGCCAGAACCAGCUUCAUGGACGUCUCCCAGGUACCCACGUCACAGCCAGACCCAGCUUCAUGGACGUCUCCCAGGUACCCACGUCACAGCCAGACCCAGCUUCAUGGACGUCUCCCAGGUACCCACGUCACAGCCAGACCCAGCUUCAUGGACGUCUCCCAGGUACCCACGUCACAGCCAGACCCAGCUUCAUGGACGUCUCCCAGGUACCCACGUCACAGCCAGACCCAGCUUCAUGGACGUCUCCCAGGUACCCACGUCACAGCCAGACCCAGCUUCAUGGACGUCUCCCAGGUACCCACGUCACAGCCAGACCCAGCUUCAUGGACGUCUCCCAGGUACCCACGUCACAGCCAGACCCAGCUUCAUGGACGUCUCCCAGGUACCCACGUCACAGCCAGACCCAGCUUCAUGGACGUCUCCCAGGUACCCACGUCACAGCCAGACCCAGCUUCAUGGACGUCUCCCAGGUACCCACGUCACAGCCAGACCCAGCUUCAUGGACGUCUCCCAGGUACCCACGUCACAGCCAGACCCAGCUUCAUGGACGUCUCCCAGGUACCCACGUCACAGCCAGACCCAGCUUCAUGGACGUCUCCCAGGUACCCACGUCACAGCCAGACCCAGCUUCAUGGACGUCUCCCAGGUACCCACGUCACAGCCAGACCCAGCUUCAUGGACGUCUCCCAGGUACCCACGUCACAGCCAGACCCAGCUUCAUGGACGUCUCCCAGGUACCCACGUCACAGCCAGACCCAGCUUCAUGGACGUCUCCCAGGUACCCACGUCACAGCCAGACCCAGCUUCAUGGACGUCUCCCAGGUACCCACGUCACAGCCAGACCCAGCUUCAUGGACGUCUCCCAGGUACCCACGUCACAGCCAGACCCAGCUUCAUGGACGUCUCCCAGGUACCCACGUCACAGCCAGACCCAGCUUCAUGGACGUCUCCCAGGUACCCACGUCACAGCCAGACCCAGCUUCAUGGACGUCUCCCAGGUACCCACGUCACAGCCAGACCCAGCUUCAUGGACGGUCUCCCAGGUACCCACGUCACAGCCAGACCCAGCUUCAUGGACGUCUCCCAGGUACCCACGUCACAGCCAGACCCAGAUUCAUGGACGUCUCCCAGGUACCCACGUCACAGCCAGACCCAGCUUCAUGGACGUCUCCCAGGUACCCACGUCACAGCCAGACCCAGCUUCAUGGACGUCUCCCAGGUACCCACGUCACAGCCAGACCCAGCUUCAUGGACGUCUCCCAGGUACCCACGUCACAGCCAGACCCAGCUUCAUGGACGUCUCCCAGGUACCCACGUCACAGCCAGACCCAGCUUCAUGGACGUCUCCCAGAUACCCACGUCACAGCCAGAGAAUUACACCCUACAUCACAGCCAGAGAAUUACACCCUACGUCACAGCCAGGAAAUUACAACCUACGUCACAGCCAGAGAAUUACACCCCACAUCACAGCCAGAGAAUUACACCCUACGUCACAGCCAGGAAAUUACACCCCACAUCACAGCCAGCGUUGACAGUGGUGUUUGUCAACUCCAAGUCCCUGUCCUCCAUUAAGAUAGAUGACAUACCAUGACCCGUCACUCAAAGUCCUGGUAGCCAACAAACAGUGAGACCCUGAAGCUGCUAAAGAUGAGCAUCUGCCCUCACGUCUCCCCAGCAGGUGGGUGAUAGAGCCUCAAGGGUAUCAAGUUCCAAUAUCCAUUUUUGUAUACUAUUUACAAUACUUCGUUCUAAGCCUACACGGUAUGCUAGUGUGUAUAUUGGAACAGAGCACAGGUCUCAAGUCUAAAUGAAGGAUGUGCUUCUUUCCUGGAAAGUUGUGUCCCAUUGAUUCCAUUUAGCCAAGCAUCCUAAGGUCACAUUCUGACCUUCCUUGUUUUCCUCUGUCUAGGUAUCCUGAGCGUGGCUGGACCAGUGCCGCGACCUCAGGGAACUAGCGUUGAACUACCACCUGCUGAGCGAUGAGCUGCUAUUGGCCCUCUCCUCUGAGAAACAUGUCAACCUGGAACACCUGCGCAUCGACGCAGUCAGUGAGAACCCUGGGCAGACACUCUUCCACUCCAUCAAGAAGAGCAGCUGGGAUGCCCUGGUCAGACACUCUUCCACUCCAUCAAGAAGAGCAGCUGGGAUGCCCUGGUCAGACACUCUUCCACUCCAUCAAGAAGAGCAGCUGGGAUGCCCUGGUCAGACACUCUUCCACUCCAUCAAGAAGAGCAGCUGGGAUGCCCUGGUCAGACACUCUUCCACUCCAUCAAGAAGAGCAGCUGGGAUGCCCUGGUCAGACACUCUUCCACUCCAUCAAGAAGAGCAGCUGGGAUGCCCUGGUCAGACACUCUUCCACUCCAUCAAGAAGAGCAGCUGGGAUGCCCUGGUCAGACACUCUUCCACUCCAUCAAGAAGACCAGCUGGGAUGCCCUGGUCAGACACUCUUCCACUCCAUCAAGAAGAGCAGCUGGGAUGCCCUGGUCAGACACUCUUCCACUCCAUCAAGAAGACCAGCUGGGAUGCCCUGGUCAGACACUCUUCCACUCCAUCAAGAAGAGCAGCUGGGAUGCCAUGGUCAGACACUCACCCAAGGUCAUUCAAUCAAUCAAUCAAUCAAACUUUAUGGGCCGGUUUCCCGGACACAGAUUAAGCCUAUAGUCUUGGACUAAGAACAGUACAUUAGUACUAGACUAGGCUUAAUCUGGAUGACACAUUUCCUACAAGGUAACAAAUCAAUGCAAAGAAACAACUAAAACUAAAAGUAGAGGUACAAGCUUUCGGUAAAAAUGUAUUUGUUUCAAUAAAAUAAUCAAUAAAAAUUAGGUCGAUGACCCCUGGAUUCAUUGGGAUGCCACCAAAGUUUUUCCAAAAAAAGAAUGCAACUGCAUUUACAUCUGGGUUGAAUAAAUCACAAUUAAAGAAGAUAUCAGAAUUGGAAAUGUUGUUAACUGUGUUAGAGCAUUCUCAACAAACACUAUUUUCAGACCAGGUAGCUUUUACUCUUUCCAGAGACAAGACACACUUAAUUGAUUGAUAAGACAGAGAGCAAAAUUUGCCAUCCAUCGAGUAAGACUCAACCAUUACUUCCAUGGGAAUCGUCCCAGUUGUUUACUGGCCAACAAGCUACGCAGUAAUGAUCAAUUAGCUGAUAUAGCAACUAUUGAAUCUGAAACAGGGGAAUUACUAUCAGAACCCAAAUUAAUCAAUCAAAGAUUCUCCCGCUUCUAUAAAGAACUGUACACCUCUGAUUGUAAAUCCACACCAAGCCAGACUGAGUCCUUUCUAAAAGAAUUAAGAACUCCUCUUCUCUCAACAGAGAAAACCACCUCACUGGGAGCCCAAAUCUCUCUCAAUGAACUCAAAAGUGCAAUGUAUAGCAUGAAUAAACAUUUUUGAAUCAAUUAGGUCCACUAUUGCUCAACAUGAUUAACACAGCCGUUCACAAGGGUUCAUUUGGGAGAGAUGUGAAUACAGCACUAAUUUAGCUUUUAUUUAAAAAAAAAAAGGUAAGGAUGCCACCCAGUGUUCUUACCAUCGCCCCCUAUCUUUCAUAAACACAGAUAUUAAACUGUAUUCCAAAAUGUUGUCGUCCUGUCUGAAGACUUACUUACCCAAAUUGAAACACAUGGACCAAAGCGUGUUUGUUAAAAAGCAUUUAUCCUUGGCUAACCUCUGUCGACUAUUACAUACAGAUGUAGGAUCUUAAUUUGAGCCAGUUUUACAGCAGGAAAAUAAUCCUGCAGCAACAGGAAAUGUGAAUUAUUAUGUGGAUUAUAUAAUUAAUGGACGUUUUUUGUAAGGGUUGAUACAUUUUUCGUUAGGGCAAAUCAAGUCUGACAUUUAAAAAUGGAAUUUACAAACUUUAGAAGCCUUUUUAAACCUUGAAUACACUACAAGUUUACAUUUCCUGCUGUGCAGGAAAAUUCUCAGCGACAAAAGAGUGAUCAAAUUAAGAUCCUACAUCUGUAUCUUAGAUGCUUCAUCAGAAACAACCGUUCCUUGGGCUGUAUUAUCUCUCGAUGCAGAAAAAGCUUGAAUAUAGACUAGAAUGGUAAUAUCUCUGGUCUGUAUUGGAACACAUGGGAAUUUCAUUAAUAUGAUUAACCUUUUACUGCAGUUGGCUAAAUCAGGGUCACACAGUGUUUCUUGAUAGUCUUAAACAAAUCUACUUUGGGAAAAAAAAGUUAAUACCUCACACACAUGGUUCUGAGAUUAAAAAAAGAAGACACCUGUACCAUGUCAGAUACCAUGUAUUCAAUUUGAAGUUUGCAUCCCAAUAUUACAUUUUAUAUACAUCACAGAAGACAGAAAUAUAACAAAACUGUUUGCCAUAGGAACACUGGACUUUCUGCAGGUUUAAAAAAAAUAAUGUUUAUUAAUGAUGACAUUAUGAAAAAACAUUCCACCCAUGAGGCAACUAGGUCAUUUGACUGCAGGAAAGGGCCACAAUAAUAUAUGCCAAUCCCUCAGUCUUUGUUAUCAGGCAAUUCGUCAAUGGAAGGAAAUAACACCCAUUUCUCUCAAAUCUACUGAUCACUUCAUCUCCUUAUAGGCAGAUGAUAUUUUACUAUAUCUAGGACAAUGUAUCUCUGUCGCUCACAAACGCAUUGAAGAUCAUAGAUAAAUUCAGCUUAAUCUCAAGUUAUAAAAUUAAUCUAACCAAAUCAUACCUACUGCCACUCAAGACACCGAUGGGAGUAAAAAUAUUUCCUUCUUUAGAUAAAACCAUUGCCAGAAACUUUUAACAGAACACUCAAAUCAAUUCAAUCCGACCUCAGUAUAUGGAAUAAUAUCCCAGUUACUUUAACCGGCAGAAUAUCUAUUGUCAAAAUGAACAUAUUGCCAGUGCUGAAUUUUUGUAGUUCAAUGCUUCCAAUGUCUCACCCUUCAGCUAUUGGGAUAAAAUCCAUAGUGUGGUUUACAAAUGUAUAUGGCAAGGUAAUGAAUACAUUUACAAAGAGGGAAAGACCUAGGAAGACUAUUCGCACCAAACUUUAAAUUGUAUUUCCAGGCUCCAGUAUUUCUCCCCAUCCUUAAUUGGUUUAGACAUAAUUAUUCUGCCCCCUGGUUGAGUAUAGAGAGACAUAUGGUGUCUCCUAUUGCCCUGGAAGAGGUGGUCUUCACUGAUAUAUCCCUUAAACAAUGUAAUAUGGUGUCUCCUGUUGAUCUGGAAGAGGUGGUCUUCACUGAUAUAUCCCUUAAACAAUGUAAUAUGGUGUUUCCUGUUGAUCUGGAAGAGGUGGUAAUAUAUAAUAUAUAAUAUGGUCAGAGGUUAUUUUUGUGUGCAUUUAUUUAUUUGAUUGUUUUUGUACCUGUAACCCCCCUCUGAAAAUGAAAAAAACGAAAUAAAAAGUAGUCCUUGUGUCACGAUCGUCUACCAAAGAGGAGGACCAAGGUGCAGCGUUGCAGGCAAACAUACUCUUUAAUUGGAGACACGAUCAAAACAACAAACGAUACAUGACAGUUCAUGGUCUAACAUAAACAGACUUGAAACAAGAUCCCACAAACACCAAUGGGAAACAGACAGUUUAAAUAUGGCUCCCAAUCAGAGACAACCAACGACAGCUGACACUCGUUGCCUCUGAUUGGGAGCCACUCAGGCCAACAUAGAAAUACACAUACUAGAUAAACAAAUGAAAUGCACACCCUGGCUCAACAUACAAGUGUCCCCAGAGCCAGGGCGUGACACCUUGUUUGUGCUCCCCUCAGGUCAACAUCGUUAUGUACUUCUUCCUGUUUAAUGACGUUGAGUUCGAGCCCUUCUUCAGAGUAGAGACUCCAGUCACACACCUGUACUUCGGCUGGACCGUGAGCAAAGGUGAGUUUAUAAUGUUUUUGUCUUGUAACUUUGUAUUGUCUUUAAUCAUUAGAUGCUAUUUGUUUUAGCACUUUAUCUUGUUUUUAACCAUUAGAUGUUAUUUGUUUUAUCACUUUGUCUUGUCUUUAAAGGCACAGUGCAGUAAAAAAACUCGAUUUUCCUGUGUUUAAAGAAAAUAAUGUUUCAACACUAUGAGGUUGGAAAAAUGCUGUCAAACGGUGAAAAUGAUGAUAAUGCCCUUUAAGUGUAAGAGCUGUUUGAAAAUGUCUGCCUGUUUUGGUGGGAGGAGUUUUGGCCUUCCAUGGUGACAUCACCAUGGGGUAAAUUAGUUAAUAGACCUGCUGUACAUACCUACACGUACGCUAUGGUCACAAGACGCAGGCCUCCUUAUUGUCCCUAGAAUUUCUAAGCAAACAGCUGGAGGCAGGGCUUUCUCCUAUAGAGCUUCAUUUUUAUGGAAUGGUCUGCCUAUCCAUGAGAGACGCAGACUCUGUCUCGACCUUUAAGUCUUUACUGUAGACUCAUCUCUUCAGUAGGUCCUAUGAUUGAGUGUAGUCUGGCCCAGGGGUGCGAAGGUGAACGGCAAGGCACUGGAGCGACAAACAGCCCUUGCUGUCUCUGCCUGGCCGGUUCCCAUCUCUCCAUUGGGAUUCUCUGCCUCUGACCCUGUUACGGGGACUGAGUCACUGGCUUACUGGUGCUUUCCAUGCCGUCCCUAGGAGGGGUGCAUCACUUGAGUGGGUUGAGUCACUGAUGUGAUCUUCCUGUCCGGUUUGUCGCUCCCUCUGGCUCGCAAAGUGGAUGAGAUCUUUGUGGGCUAUACUCAGCCUUGUCUCAGGAGGUUGGUGGUCUGUUGAUAUCCCUCUGGUGGUGUGGAGGCUGUGCUUUGGCAAAGUGGGUGGGGUUAUAUCCCGCCUGGCCCUGUCUAGGGGUAUCGUCGGACGGAGCCACAGUGUCUUCCGCCCCCCCCCCCUGUCUCAGCCUCCAGUAUCUAUGCUGCAAUAGUCUAAGUGCUGGGAGGCUAGGGUCAGUCUGUUAUAUCUGGUGUUAUUCUCCUGUCUUAUCUGGUGUCCUGUGUGAAUUUAAGUAUGCUCCCUCUAAUUCUCUCCCUCUCUCUCUCCCCUCCCGGAGGACCUGAGUCCUAGGACCAUGCCUCAGGACUACCUGGCCUGAUGACUCCUUGCUGUCCCCAGUCCACCUGGACCUGCUGCUGCUCCAGUUUCCACUCUUCUGCCUGCAGCUGUGGAACCCUGACCUGUUCACCGGACGUGCUACCUGGUCCCAGACCUGCUGUUUUCAACUCUCUCUCUACCACACCUGCUAUUUCAACCUCUGAAUGCCCUGCUAUGAAAAACCAAGUGACAUUUACUCCUGAUGUACUGACCUGUUGCAACCUCUACAACCACUGUGAUUAUUAUUUGACCCUGCUGGUCAUCUAUGAAUGUUUGAACAUCUUGGAGAAAAAUCUGGCUCUAAUGGCCAUGUACUGUUAUAAUCUCCACCCGGCACAGCCAGAAGGAGACCCCUCAGAGCCUGGUUCCUCUCUAGGUUUCUUCCUAGGUUUCUGCCUUUCUAGGGAGUUUUUCCUAGCCACCGUGCUUCUACAUUUGCAUUGCUUGCUGUUUGGGGUUUUAGGCUGGGUUUCUGUACAGCACUUUGUGACAUCUGCUGAUGUAAAAAGGGCUUUAUAAAUAACAUUUGUUUGAUUGAUUGAAUUCCAAACCUCUCUGCCAACAACAGCUAAUUUUCCAUUUUCCAAUCCCCACUCAAACCACUCCCAGAAAGUCCUAGCAAAAUUCUGCUUGAGAAAUUGCUCUUUGCUAAAAAGCAAAUUUUCUUACUUUACAACCUGGUCUCAGAGCAAUACAUAUUAUAUUUGACAAAAUCGUGCCACUCUAUUUACUAUGUUAUGUUACUUUACGUUAGUUUACAUUAUAUUGGCCUACCAAUAUCAUCUGAAUUGUAGGACGUAUAGUAUCCUACCUCUUGAUCGCACCUGUUUGCUUUGACCCAUUAAGUGUGAAAUAUCACAUUCGACUGCUUUAGAAUUAUAUAUUAUGUUCGACUGCUUUAGCAUGAUAUGUUUUGUAAGGUUAGGGGUUAAGGUUAGGGUUAAGGCUAUGGUUAAGGUUAGGGUUAAGGUUAAAGUUAGGGUUAAAGUUAGGGUUAAGGUUAGGAGUUAGGUUAAAGGGUUAAGGUUAGGGGAAGGGUUAGUUAACAUGCUAAGUAGUUGCAAGGUAGCUAAAAAGUGUGAAGUAGUUGCAAAGUUGCUAAUUAGUUAAAAUUCUAAAGUCUGUGAUGAGAACACGCAACCUUUUUACGCCCACCCAUCCACUCCAACCAACUGCCCUCCUUUCGUUUAUGCCUUAAGUAUCCUACUCUCAUACCAAACUUAACAUAUCAUACUAAUUUUAGUUUACAGAAUUAUGUUAAAUAUAAUACGUUUUGCUCUGAGACCAGGCUGUUCUUUUUGACCAUUUUAAUUGAAAACAGUCAUGGUAAGGUACUUAAUUGUUAUCCAGAAAUUAUUUGAUAUUGAGAUUAAAAAUGGCUGCAUUGGAGCUUUAACCAUUAGAUGUUAUUUGUUUUACCACUUUGGAAAAACUUGCAUAUUUAAGCCAACAUAUGCUGUGUUUACAGUGAAUGCGUUCUUUGCGAACGCGGUAACAUUGCCUUUAAAAGGCGGAUUGUCGACAACUCGCGAUCCCGGACAAAAUGGUUUCAAGUGAUAUCCUUUGGCGUUGUAGCUCAUAUAAACGUUCAAUUCACUUCAUUCAAUUCACAGCGAUGCUGGGUCACAUCGGGCUGCACUGCCCUCGUCUAGAAGAGCUGGUGGUCUGUGCCAACGGGCUGCAGCCAUUGGACAAGGAGAUGUUCAGGAUUGUUGAGGGCUGUACAAGUCUGUCAGCCAUUGGCCUCGGGGAGUGUGAGGUCACCUGUAGAGGUGUGGGAAGGGACUGACUCAGCUGUCCAUCAUGGAGGAGGUCCUGGUGCCUGGUGAUGGUUAUAGCAACGUGGAACAGAUACACACAGAGGUGUCCAAGCACCUGGGACGCAUGUGGUACCCUGAUAUGAUGCCUACCUGG